AUGUCGAUGGAUAUAGAUGCGCCCAUGCCAAUGGCACCUCCUGCAGAGGUGCCUAGUGGUGCAGCUACCAUAUUCUGUUGUGACUGCGGUGCCCCCAUCGAUGGAACGACCGCCAUAGACGCCAAGUGCUACGACUGCUUCAAGCUCACGAAAGACAUAUCCCAAGGCAUCCAACGAGAAGCCACUCUACACUUUUGCAGGGAUUGCGACCGAUGGCUUCAACCACCUACCAGCUGGGUCACUGCCCAACCCGAGUCGCGCGAACUACUAGCGUUGUGCCUGAAGAAGUUGAGCUUGAACAAGACGAGAAUCAUCGACGCGAGUUUCAUAUGGACGGAACCACAUUCGAGGAGAGUCAGAGUCAAGCUUGUGGUGCAGGCCGCUGUCGCCGACGAUCGGGUCAUGCAGCAAUCUCUGGAGGUCAUCUACGUUGUUGCCUACCAGCAAUGUCCGGAAUGCGCCAAGUCAUACACCGCAAACGUCUGGAGAGCAAGCGUCCAGGUCAGACAGAAGGUCCUUCACAAGAGGACGUUCUUGUAUCUGGAACAGUUGAUCCUGAAGCACCAAGCCCAUCGAGACACAAUCAACAUCAAGGAGGCAAAGGACGGCAUCGACUUCUUCUUUGCUGCGAGAAACCAGGCCGAGAAGUUUGUCGACUUUCUCAACUCGGUCGUCCCAGUACGAAUCAAGAAGUCGCAGGAGCUUAUAUCUCAGGAUUCCCACACAGCCAAAAAGCAAUUUAAGUUCAGCUUUUCGAUCGAGUUGAUACCGAUCUGUAAAGAUGAUCUAGUCGCCCUCCCCAUUUCCCUGGCGAAACAGAUUGGCAAUAUUUCCCCGCUCGCGAUAUGCUACCGGAUCGGUACGGCAGUCAACCUACUGGACCCGAAUACCCUCCAGACAGCAGAUGUCAGUGGACCAGUGUACUGGAGAGCACCAUUCAAUGCGUUGGCAGAUACGAACGAUCUAGUCGAGUUCAUUGUCAUGGACUGCGAACCGCUUGGCGCAGCGAAAGGGAAAUGGAUAUUGGCAGAGGUACAGCUUGCGAGGGCGUCUGAUUUGGGGGUCAACGACAAGACGUAUUUCGCACGAACGCAUCUGGGUGGUCUAUUACACGCUGGCGACUCCGUUUUGGGGUACAUGCUUACUGGCACCAACUUCAACGAUCCUCACUACGAGGCCAUCGAGCAGUCAAACACCUACUCCUCACGGAUACCAGAUGUCGUGGUAGUCAAAAAGCACUACCCCAACCGCAGGAGAAACCGCAAGAGACAGUGGAAAGUCAAGCGCAUGGCGAAGGAUGAGGGUGAGCUGCUGCCCAAAAAGGCCGACCAGGAGCGUAUGGACCGGGAGUUCGAGCAGUUCUUGCGGGAUAUCGAGGAGGACGAUGAGUUCAGAACCGCCAUGCCUUUGUACAAGCAACAGAAGAAAGAUGCUGAUGAGAUGUCCAUGGCGACGACGGAGGACGGCGACGAUGAUGCUCCUCGGGUCGAUAUGGAGGAGCUGCUGGAUGACUUUGAUGAGCUGACGAUGGAGGAGAAGGUAUAA